AAGUGCAUUGAAGUAAAUUAUUUAUAGCCAUAGAAACGUUAUGGCAAACAGACAAGAUUUUACUGACUUCGGAGGCAGAUACGAAGAGUACCACCAAAUGCAGGAUGGGAUGGGAUCUGAGACUACUGAAGAGGUGGAACCUUCCAAGCAGCGAGUUAUUUACAUUAAUGCUCCCCAGCCUGUCAAAUACUGCUACAACAAGAUCAGCACGGCCAAAUACAGUUUGUUGUCCUUCUUGCCCAAGUUCCUGUUUGAGCAGUUUAGAAAGUAUGCCAACAUAUUCUUCCUGUUCAUCUCAUUACUCCAGCAAAUUCCCCGUGUAUCACCAACAGGACGGUACACCACAGCUGUUCCUUUACUCUUUAUCCUAGCAGUGUCCGCUGUUAAGGAGAUCAUCGAGGACUUUAAACGUCACCGUCAGGAUGAUGCUGUAAACAAUCGAGAAGUGCAGGUGUUGAGAGAUGGUACCUGGCAGAGGCUACUAUGGACACAGGUGGUUGUGGGAGAUUUGGUCAAGGUGGUCAGUGGUCAGUUUUUCCCAGCAGACCUUGUCCUUCUGUCAUCAAGUGAACCCCAGGCCAUGUGUUAUGUAGAAACCUCCAAUCUAGACGGGGAAACAAAUCUCAAGAUUAGACAAGGUAUACCUCAAACUGCCAAGCUUUUGCGGCAUGAAGAUUUAUUAGAUCUGGAUGGUGUAGUGGAGUGUGAGCUGCCAAACAAACAUCUGUAUGACUUUGUGGGCAACAUCCGACCAUCAGGGAGAUUUAUUGUGUCGUUGAUGUUGAGUAUUGUUUUGUUUCUGUACAGUGCUAUACCUCUUGGACCAGAUCAGCUGUUACUGAGGGGAGCCAUGUUGAGGAACACCAAGUGGAUAUUUGGAAUCGUGAUCUACACUGGUCCAGAGUCCAAGUUGAUGCUUAACUCCUCAACAGCACCAUUAAAGAGGUCAAACGUGGAGAAGGUCACAAAUACACAGAUCCUGAUACUGUUUGUCAUCCUGAUUGUGAUGUCCCUGAUCAGUACAAUAGCUAACGAGACGUGGACCAAUUGGCAUGUAGAUAGGGAUUGGUACCUGGCAUAUCAAGAACUACCACCUAGUAACUUUGGUUACAACUUCCUAACAUUUAUCAUCCUCUACAACAACCUCAUUCCCAUCAGUCUCCAAGUGUCACUUGAGGUCGUCAAGUUCAUCCAAGCAAUAUUCAUCAAUUGGGAUCUAGAUAUGUACUGUGCUGAGUCUGAUACACCUGCCAUGGCCAGGACGUCCAAUCUUAACGAGGAACUUGGACAGAUUAAAUACAUUUUCUCAGAUAAGACUGGCACAUUGACAAGAAAUGUUAUGGAGUUCCGGAAGUGUUCUGUGGCGGGUAUUACAUAUGGUAACAAUGAGGAGAGUGAGCAGACAUUUAAUGAUCCAACAAUACUUGAUAAUUUACAAAACCAUGUGACAGCCCCAGUUUUGAGGGAGUUCCUAACCUUAUUAUCUGUGUGUCACACUGUUGUUCCGGAGCGCGAGUACCUACAAGAGGGAAGUGAUACAGGCCAUGUGGUGUACCAGGCCUCAUCCCCAGAUGAGGCAGCCCUUGUAAAAGGAGCCAGGAGCCUUGGAUUUGAGUUUGCUACUAGGACCCCCAAAGCCGUUACAAUCAAAGUGAACGGAAAGUCAGAAGAAUAUGAAGUAUUGAAUGUUCUAGAAUUUACAAGUACAAGAAAAAGAAUGUCAGUUGUUGUCAGAACUCCAGACAACAAGAUCAAAGUUUACUGUAAAGGCGCAGAUACUGUUAUAUAUGAACGUCUUGAUGAGAAACAGCUUUACAGGGACAUCACUCUUCAACAUUUAGAGGAGUUUGCUACAUUGGGUUUACGGACCCUAUGUAUCGCAACAGCAGAUGUAGCUGAAGAUUUCUAUGAGGACUGGAAACACACCUAUUACAAGGCAAGCACAUCCAUACAGAACCGAGAGAAAAAGCUGGAGGAGGCUGCCGAACUCAUAGAACGGAAUUUAAAAUUGCUUGGUGCUACAGCUAUUGAAGAUAAACUUCAAGAGGUAAGUAUUCUUUCUCACCAAUGA